CUAAAUAAGAGCAGAGCUCUCGUAUUGUUUCCUGCUCUUUCUCCCUCUCUCUCUAUAAGAUUUUUUCUUUCUCUCUCUUCAUUCUCGGUUGGUGGUGAUUGGUGGUAGCUUUUCGAGCUUGAGACCUUCAGUGGCCUAUCAAAGAUUCUGUUGAGGAGAACGAAGAAGAAAGAUUAUUUAACGUUGAACUAUCUGGAUGUUAUUAGUUGAAUCGUGCCUUUCUCCUUUUUCUGUUUUGUGUUUGUUUUCUCGGAAAAUAGAUCUUGUUUUCCGUCGUUUUCGCUGAAAGUCUAAUCCGGUUUUAAACGAGUCGGUGUUGGAUAUUUCUAUAGAUCUGUUUCACUGGACGUGAAAAUUUGGAAAAACACAUCCGAAACACGCUCUUAUUAGGGACUGAAUCUUGUAUUGGAUUUUGAACAAUGUUGGGAGCCACUGGUUCUGCUCUCCAGCUUCGAACGAAACCCUGCCUUUCUCCUCAACUGCAUGCUUCUCGGAUAACCAGACUGAGCGGCAGAGUCUCGAGAUGCUCUGCGACGAGGAAAUCGUCAAAUGCUGUUGAGAAUAAGUUCUUGGGAACCCGUUUAAAGGCCUCUGGAUCGGAGAGGGUCCAUUUAUGGCGUUCCGACGGUCCAGGGAGGUCGCCGAAGCUUCGGGUGGUAGCCCGCUCUGGAUUCUCCGCCGUUCCGGAGAAGCCACUUGGUCUGUACGACUCGUCGUUUGAUAAGGACUCUUGUGGUGUUGGGUUCGUUGCCGAAUUGUCUGGUAAAAGCAGUCGUAAAACGAUUACGGAUGCACUGGAAAUGUUGGUGCGAAUGGCACAUAGAGGGGCUUGUGGUUGUGAAACCAAUACUGGUGAUGGAGCUGGGAUUCUUGUUGACAUUCCUCACGAUUUCUUCAAGGGGGUUGCCAAGGAUGUUGGGUUUGAGCUUCCACCACUGGGGGAAUAUGCCGUUGGCAUGUUCUUCUUGCCCCCGUCUGAAACUCGAAGGGAAGAAAGUAAAAAUAUAUUUAGAAAGGUAGCCGAGUCUCUCGGGCAUACUGUUCUUGGAUGGCGACUUGUGCCUACAGAUAACUCAGGAUUGGGCAACUCUGCUUUGAUGACGGAACCAGUGAUUGAGCAAGUGUUCCUUACCCCUAGUACUAGUUCGAAGGUUGACCUGGAGCGCCAGAUGUAUAUAUUAAGGAGGGUUGCAAUGGCUGCUAUACGAGUUGCAUUAAACCUUGAACACGGCAGUUCUAAAGACUUCUACAUAUGUUCUCUUUCCUCGAGGACUAUUGUUUACAAAGGUCAGCUGAAGCCCAUUCAAGUGAAGGAUUAUUAUUAUGCAGAUCUUGGCAAUGAAAGGUUUACGAGCUACAUGGCCCUGAUACAUUCUCGAUUCUCAACAAAUACUUUUCCUAGCUGGGAUCGUGCUCAACCUAUGCGCGUCUUGGGCCAUAAUGGUGAAAUCAACACACUUAGAGGGAAUGUAAACUGGAUGAAAGCACGUGAGGGAUUGUUGAAAUGCAAGGAACUUGGUUUGUCAAAGAAAGAGUUGAAAAAACUUCUCCCCAUUGUUGAUUCUAGUUCAUCAGAUUCAGGGGCUUUUGAUGGUGUUCUUGAACUCCUGAUUCGUGCCGGCAAAAGUCUUCCUGAAGCUAUAAUGAUGAUGAUUCCUGAAGCGUGGCAAAAUGAUAAGAAUAUGGAUCCUGAACGGAAGGAAUUGUAUGAGUAUUUCUCAGCUCUGAUGGAGCCAUGGGAUGGACCGGCUCUUAUCUCAUUUACUGAUGGUCGAUACCUGGGAGCAACGCUGGAUCGUAAUGGACUCCGACCUGGUCGAUUCUAUAUCACCCACAGUGGACGUGUUGUAAUGGCCAGUGAAGUUGGUGUAGUAGACAUUCCACCUGAAGACGUGAGCAGGAAAGGAAGACUUAACCCUGGAAUGAUGCUUUUAGUAGAUUUUGAAAAUCAUACUGUGGUAGAUGAUGAUGCCUUGAAGCAGCAGUACUCAAUGGCAAGGCCUUAUGGCGAAUGGCUUAAGAGACAAAAGAUUGAGCUUAAAGACAUAGUUGAUUCUGUUCAGGAAACUGAUAGGGUUCCUCCAGCCAUAGCUGGAGUUGUUCCAGCAUCUGCCGAUGAUGACAACAUGGGGAACAUGGGCAUCCAAGGUCUUCUGUCUCCAUUGAAAGCUUUUGGUUACACUAUUGAAGCCCUUGAAAUGUUGUUGCUUCCUAUGGCCAAAGAUGGUGUAGAGGCCCUAGGGUCAAUGGGAAACGAUACUCCAUUGGCUGUCAUGUCUAAUAGAGAAAAACUCACAUUUGAGUACUUUAAACAAAUGUUUGCUCAAGUAACUAACCCUCCAAUUGAUCCUAUUCGUGAGAAGAUAGUCACUUCCAUGGAAUGUAUGAUUGGUCCAGAAGGUGACCUCACUGAAGUGACUGAAGAACAGUGCCGACGCCUCUCCCUUAAAGCUCCUCUUUUAACCAUUGAAGAAAUGGAAGCGAUUAAAAAAAUGAAUUACAGAGGUUGGAAAAGCAAAGUUAUUGACAUUACUUUUUCAAAGAACCGUGGUAGAAAGGGAUUGGAGGAAACUUUAGAUAGGAUUUGCACUGAAGCCGACGAUGCAAUUAAAGAAGGAUAUACUACAAUAGUUCUUUCUGACAGAGCAUUCUCAAAGAAGAGGGUAUCGGUGAGCUCCCUCUUGGCUGUUGGUGCAGUUCAUCAACAUCUAGUUAAAAACCUUGAACGCACACAAGUUGGAUUGAUAGUUGAAUCUGCCGAGCCCCGUGAAGUGCAUCAUUUCUGUACAUUAGUUGGAUUUGGUGCAGAUGCUAUCUGCCCAUACUUGGCGGUAGAGGCCAUCUGGAGAUUGCAGGUUGAUGGGAAAAUCCCGCCAAAAGCUAAUGGAGAGAUCCGCUCUAAGGAGGAGUUGGUGAAGAAGUACUACAAAGCAAGCACUUAUGGAAUGAUGAAGGUUCUGGCUAAGAUGGGAAUAUCAACUUUGGCUUCUUACAAGGGUGCUCAGAUAUUUGAGGCUCUGGGUCUUUCAUCAGAAGUGAUUGAGAGGUGCUUUGCAGGAACUCCAAGUAGAGUGGAGGGUGCAACAUUUGAGAUGCUUGCAGGUGAUGCACUUCAUCUGCAUGAUUUAGCAUUCCCAUCUCGACCAUAUCCUCGUGGAAGUGCUGAAUCUGUUGCCCUGCCAAAUCCUGGUGAUUAUCAUUGGAGGAAAGGUGGCGAGGUUCAUCUUAAUGACCCUCUUGCUAUUGCAAAGCUUCAAGAGGCUGCCAGAACUAAUAGUGUUGCUGCUUAUAAAGAAUACUCCAAGCUCAUUCAGGAAUUGAAUAAAGCUUGCAAUUUGCGGGGUAUGUUGAAAUUUAAAGAGUCAGGUGUGAAAGUACCCUUGGAUGAAGUGGAGUCUGCCAGUGAGAUUGUUAAAAGAUUCUGCACUGGGGCCAUGAGUUAUGGAUCUAUAUCAUUGGAGGCACACUCGACACUGGCUAUUGCUAUGAACAAAAUUGGAGGAAAAUCAAAUACAGGUGAGGGAGGUGAGCAACCCUCUCGCAUGGAGCCUCUUCAGGAUGGUUCUAGAAAUCCAAAGAGGAGUGCAAUCAAACAAGUUGCUAGUGGGAGGUUUGGUGUUUCAAGCUACUAUCUUACAAAUGCUGAUGAGCUGCAGAUAAAAAUGGCUCAGGGGGCCAAGCCUGGUGAAGGAGGUGAACUUCCUGGUCACAAGGUUAUAGGAGACAUUGCUGUCACCAGGAAUUCUACUGCCGGGGUGGGACUUAUUAGCCCACCUCCCCAUCAUGACAUCUAUUCUAUUGAAGACCUUGCCCAAUUAAUUCAUGAUCUUAAGAAUGCCAAUCCAAGUGCUCGAAUUAGUGUCAAGUUAGUAUCUGAAGCUGGUGUUGGGGUAGUUGCCAGUGGAGUUGUUAAGGGCCAUGCUGAUCAUGUCCUGAUCUCUGGUCACGAUGGAGGUACAGGAGCAUCCAGAUGGACUGGUAUCAAGAAUGCUGGUCUUCCAUGGGAACUUGGUUUAGCUGAGACCCACCAGACCUUAGUUGCAAAUGAUCUUCGUGGUCGCACAGUUCUCCAAACUGACGGCCAGCUUAAAACUGGAAGAGAUGUGGCCAUAGCUGCACUUCUUGGUGCUGAAGAGUUUGGUUUCAGCACAGCACCUCUCAUAACACUAGGCUGCAUAAUGAUGCGAAAGUGCCACAAGAAUACUUGUCCUGUCGGGAUUGCUACUCAGGAUCCAGUUCUUCGGGAGAAAUUUGCUGGAGAACCAGAACACGUCAUAAACUUUUUCUUUAUGUUAGCAGAGGAGGUGAGAGAGAUAAUGUCACAGCUAGGGUUUCGAACAUUGAAUGAGAUGGUUGGUCGUGCAGAUAUGCUUGAAGUUGAUAAAGAAGUAACUAAAAACAAUGAGAAGCUGGAUAACAUUGAUCUCUCCCUAUUGCUUAGACCUGCUGCUGAUAUUCGACCUGAUGCUGCCCAGUACUGUGUCCAGAAACAGGAUCAUGGAUUGGACAUGGCUUUGGACAACAAACUCAUCACUCUUUCCAAAUCAGCUUUAGAAAAGGCUCUUCCUGUUUACAUUGACACACAGAUAUGUAAUGUGAAUCGUGCUGUUGGAACAAUGCUUAGCCAUGAAGUGACCAAACGGUACCACAUUGCAGGGCUUCCUGCAGAUACCAUCCACAUAAAACUCAAUGGUAGUGCAGGUCAAAGUUUUGGAGCAUUCCUCUGUUCUGGCAUCCUGCUGGAGCUGGAAGGUGACAGCAAUGAUUAUGUCGGUAAAGGUUUGUCAGGUGGAAAAAUUGUAGUUUAUCCUCCAAGGGAAAGCAACUUUGAUCCAAAAGAAAAUAUUGUGAUUGGUAACGUUGCUCUAUAUGGGGCUACAAGUGGGGAGGCAUACUUCAAUGGGAUGGCAGCAGAGAGAUUCUGUGUCCGUAAUUCAGGGGCCAAGGCUGUUGUGGAAGGUGUGGGUGAUCAUGGUUGUGAGUACAUGACAGGUGGCACAGUAGUGGUUCUUGGCAAAACUGGCAGAAAUUUUGCUGCAGGUAUGAGUGGUGGUGUCGCUUAUGUUCUUGAUGUUGAUGGAAAAUUUCCAUCCAGAUGCAAUCCAGAACUUGUAGAUCUUGAUAAAGUUGAAGAAGAAGAGGACUUCAUGACCCUGAGAAUGUUGAUACAGCAGCAUCUACGUUACACAAACAGUGAUUUAGCCAGAGAUGUACUAGGCGACCUUGAGAAUCUUCUUCCUUUGUUCGUUAAGGUUAUUCCCCGGGAAUACAAACGUGCUCUUGCCAACUUGAAAGCUGGGGAAGCCUCAAAAGUGGACGUGGAAGUUGUGGCUAAAGAUGACGAGGAGCAACAUGAUGAGACUGAAUUAAUGAAAAAAGAUGCUUUUGAAGAGCUAAAGAAGAUGGCAUCUGCAUCUUUAAAUGGAAAAUCAAAUCAGAAGGUAGAAGAGGCUGAUUCAUCGAAGAGACCUAGUCAGGUUGAUAAUGCUGUGAAACAUCGUGGUUUUAUCUCAUAUGAACGUGAGGGUGUUAAAUACAGGGAUCCAACUGUUAGGAUGAAUGACUGGAAAGAAGUUAUGGUGGAAUCAAAACCAGGCCCCCUUUUAGGGACUCAAUCUGCCAGAUGUAUGGACUGUGGUACUCCUUUCUGCCACCAAGAAAACUCCGGAUGUCCUCUUGGGAACAAGAUACCUGAGUUCAAUGAAUUAGUGUACCAAAAUAGGUGGCGUGAAGCGUUAGACCGACUCCUCGAAACUAACAAUUUCCCUGAGUUUACAGGCCGAGUAUGCCCAGCACCGUGUGAAGGAUCAUGUGUUCUUGGUAUUAUCGAGAACCCUGUAGCCAUCAAAAGUAUUGAAUGUGCCAUCAUUGACAAGGCCUUUGAGGAAGGUUGGAUGGUUCCAAGGCCGCCUGCCAAAAGAUCCGGGAAAAGGGUAGCUAUUGUUGGAAGUGGUCCUGCUGGUCUGGCUGCUGCUGAUCAGCUAAAUAGAAUUGGCCAUACUGUAACUGUUUAUGAACGUGCAGAUAGGAUUGGAGGGCUUAUGAUGUAUGGAGUUCCAAAUAUGAAAACAGACAAAAUAGAUGUGGUUCAGCGACGGGUCAACCUUAUGUCUGAGGAAGGCGUCAACUUCGUGGUUAAUGCUAAUGUUGGAAAGGAUCCAUUAUAUUCACUUGACCUUCUCAGAGAGGAGAAUGAUGCCAUCAUUUUGGCAGUAGGAGCCACAAAGCCAAGGGACCUUCCUGUACCAGGACGGGAGUUGUCAGGAGUCCAUUUUGCCAUGGAGUUUCUUCAUGCAAACACCAAAAGCUUGCUUGAUAGCAAUCUUGAAGAUGGUAAAUACAUUUCUGCCGAAGGCAAGAAAGUAGUGGUGAUUGGUGGAGGUGACACUGGUACCGAUUGCAUAGGAACAUCCAUCCGUCAUGGCUGCACUAGUGUCGUGAAUUUAGAGCUUCUUCCCGAGCCACCGCAAACCAGGGCUCCAGGCAACCCCUGGCCGCAGUGGCCUCGUAUCUUCCGUGUGGAUUAUGGGCACCAAGAAGCUGCUACCAAGUUCGGAAAAGACCCAAGGUCGUACGAGGUAUUGACCAAGCGAUUCAUAGGUGAUGAGAAUGGGGUAGUUAAAGGACUUGAAGUGGUACGUGUACGUUGGGAGAAAGAUGCUUCUGGAAAAUUCCAGUUCAAUGAAGUAGAGGGAUCAGAGGAGAUCAUUGAGGCUGACCUAGUUCUUCUAGCCAUGGGGUUCCUAGGCCCUGAGGCGAACGUGGCAGAGAAGUUGGGAUUGGAGCGAGACAACAGGUCGAACUUCAAAGCAGAGUACGGUCGGUUCUCAACGAGCGUGGAUGGAGUGUUCGCCGCGGGUGACUGUAGGCGUGGUCAGUCGUUGGUGGUGUGGGCAAUCUCCGAGGGUCGCCAAGCGGCUUCGCAGGUUGACAGUUAUCUCACCAGAGAAGACAAAAACGGCGCCGUUAGCAACGGAGCCCCCGGAAAAGAUAUUCUGAAGAUGCAUAACGAUUUUCCCAAGAGGCAACAAGACAACAGCAGCAAACACACAGUGAUGACAUAAAGUGGCGUCGUUUUUCCGGGAGGGAGAAGAAGAUUGUUGUAGAAAUGAUGAUGACGUGCAUAUCCUCCUGGUCACCGGAGUGGUAUACAGUGGUGACUACGGAAGCAAAGAUUUAUAGUAAGAAAUAUGGUUUGGGAGUGGGAGUGGGGCCGUAGGUUAUUAGAUAUAUUUAUUUUGUUGAUAGUUUUUGUCGCCUGGUUGCUCCGGUUAAGCUUUUUUUUUUGGUUUACAUCGAAUAAUGUACAGUUUUGUUUCUUAAUAUUGAUUUUAGAACAUUUUCACAGAAAUUUUCUAGAUCCUUUUCUAGUUUCUCAGUGGAAAUUUCUGAUAUUCCUAUCAUCUUUUAUUA